GACGAGACCGAAAACCGGACCCGUAAAAUUUACAAAUGACUGCGCCCACUCUUAUGAGAAAAAUAAGGUGGAUUGGCUUUUGUACCUCCUCUUUUCUUGUGACAUUUGGAUUGCAUUAUGUUAUAUUGCACCCCAUUUUCUGUAUCAUCAGCAGAAUGAAUGUAAAAUCUUGUGUAUGACACUUAUCUGUGUAUCCUGACAAAUAUUAGUACAUGAAGAAUGAUUAAAGAAGUUAUAUUUAGGCUAGAGCAAAUGUUGACUGCUUUAAUCCAGAUUUAAGGGUGACAGAACAGCUUGAUCCAGGAAUGAAUGUGGGUUUCCUUUCAUAAUCUCAUGGAAACUUUAGGACUCAUGUAACCUUCGUUUCUGCCAAGACAGAUAGUUUGCUUGUUCCAAACAUCAAAAACAUGUACAGAGGGUUAGGAAGAACAUCAUUUAUGUUUCAUGGUUUUUAGACAUGAUUUUUAAAUGUGUAGAAAACCCUCUGGGACAAAGAUUGUUAAAAACAAAUAAUAUAUUUUCCCUUUUUUAAAAUGCUGUUUCUCUUUACAUUUAUCUUGGUUAAUCUCUGGUUAUUGUUUUCUUUUUCAACUAUUUCAGUGCUAAGUAGGUUAAAUGGAAGAGCUGAGGAGAGAAUUGUACCCUGUCUGGGAAUAGCAGAACUAUACUUGGCUCAUGCGGUCUAAAAAUUCCACCUUCUGAAGUGAUAAUGUAGACGCCGGCGUUUGUUUCGAUUGGUGCUUGAGACUGUCAUUCGUCUUCUCUAGCCUUGAGGUUGGCUAAUUACACAGACACGAUGGGAUAAUCCCGGUUAACAGAAGCUGAUGUCAGAUUGGUUUGGCUCACCACAAAUCCUCUCUAGUUGAGGUAGGCAAUGCAGGACUGGCUUGCAGUCACUACUGCAGAAGAAGUGGAGGGAGUGUCUGACUGCUCUGGAAUUUCCUUUCUGAUAGGCUGUCAGUCCACCUGCUAACCGGCUUGUUUUACUAACCAAAUGGAGCUGCACUUGUGAUCAGAUACGUUCAAUCUCUAUUGCGACGUCUCCGCGCAAUCAUAACAUUUUUGCCGUGCGCUCUGCGAUAUGGGGACCGUGCUCUCUAUAUCUCCUAUAGCAACUAAGGGGACAAUUCUGCGAGAUGGAGGAGAUGAAUCCAACGGGAAAAUAGAGAAAAGCCUUAAAAAACAAUCAGUGGUCGUGUCCACGCUCACAUUUAAGCGGCUAGUGACUGCAUCAGGUAAGAAAAAAAGUGCCAAGAAAGUAAGUCCGAAUCCUCUUCCGCUCCCAGCGAGCAGCGACAAUCAGGUCGAGCAACUCAAUCAGGAGAACUUCAAAAAAUCGCAACAGUCUGAGAAGAAGACGAAAAAUGGACCUCUUGCGGUGCCCAUCCCCACGGUUCCUCCCCAUCCGGACCAGGAUCAGAACGAGUUCACUCCAGCGCCGAAGCAACUGGUGUCGGUUCAGAAGCAGCCCAGCAGCCGGUCGCUCCUCUCGCCGAGGCGCGUAAUCGUCCAGGCCUCCACCGGGGAGUUGCUCCGUUGUCUGGGUGAAUUUCUCUGCAAACGAUGCUGCAAAGUCAAGGAACUAACCCCAAAUGAGGUCAUCCUCUGGUUCCGAAACGUGGAUAGGACUCUGCUGUUGCAGGGCUGGCAGGACCACGGGUUCAUCACGCCUGCCAACCUCGUGUUCGUCUAUCUGCUCAUCAGGGAAACUGUAACCGAUGAUGUUGACAAUCCUCGUGAACUCCACGGGACCUUUCUGACCUGCCUCUAUCUGGCGUAUUCCUACAUGGGCAACGAGAUCUCGUACCCUCUCAAGCCCUUCAUGGUGGACACCAACAAGGACGUAUUCUGGGAACGUUCGUUAGAUGUCAUCGACAAACUGAGCGGCAAAAUGCUGCAGAUCAACAUAGACCCGCACUUUUUCACAGAUGUUUUCCAAGACUUAAAAAACGAAGGAGAUUAUAAAAAGGAUGGAAGCGAACCGGACCGCUGAGUGCGAUCACUGAAUCUGAAGCAGAGAUCAAUUACUCGUUUAUUGGAUGUAAUUGUAAUCAGCUCUGCCUGAGAGACUGUUGUUUUGCACCAAGAGCCGACUUAUCAAUUUAGUAUUUAUGACACUGUUGUGUUGACUUAAUUUAACAGUAUUAAGUAGCCCCGGUGAAGUGAUUUAUAAUACCCAACAUGACUUCACCGGUGUAGCUGCAGUUUUAUGCAUGUCGUAUAGAUUUACAUAUGUUGCUGUGAUUCACAGUCAUUCAUAAAAAAGGGAAGGCACAACGUUUAUUCUAAAUAAGUCAGUCUCAUCUGUCAUUUCUAAGUUAACAGGGUCACUAUCCUCCUGAGACCUAAAGAAAAGCUGUGUUUUUUUAGAUCUAGGUUAAUUUAAGUGUUUGGUAUAUACCAUUUAUGUUAUGUAUUGGCCACAUUAUUAUUUAAAAGUGUGGACGGUAAGGUUUCAAAAAGUACUCUGGACAAAUGACUUGGUCUCAGGAGGAUAAAGCUCCAUCUGAAGAGAUGUGAAUGGAACUAUCCAAGGUGCUGACCUAUUUGUGCUCAUUUA